AUGAAUACUUGUGGAUCAAAUAUUCAUGUACAUUUCUGCUUUUAUAUUACUUUGAAGCCAUUAAUGUUUGUAAUUACAGUGCCCUUUAACUUAUUGUCAAUAGUAUUUUCUGGUUUUUUGUCAUUAUAUUUACGAAUGCAACAUUUAAAUUUUGCCAGUAUUAACAACACAUUCCAUAAUAGGCGAAGCUAAAGGUAAAUAAUUAAAAAGCCUUAAAUAACCUACAAAUAGUAUUUUUAAGCAAUCUCAACAAACCUACUAUAUAUAUAGAUUUGGAUUUCGAUAAAAUCCAUCAUCGCAAGUAGGCUCAAACAUUCAUAGGGUGGGGCAAGGAGUUGGAAUAAUUAGUUUAUCUUUAUUAUUACCAACAGUAGUAUUAUGAGAUAAUUAGCUGAAAGCAAGUAUUAAUAAAAGAGCUUAGCUUGUAAUAACAGGACGAUAUUUUCACAACUGAUAUUAGAAUUGCUGUCUAAGGUUGAACAAGAUGUAAUGAAUGUAGAAACAUUAUAUGUUAGGCACUAAUUAAUGAAGAUCCUGAUUCAGUUUAAUUAUCAGUACAUAAUGCAUAGAAGCAGUUCUAAUUAACAUCACAAAAAUAUGAACUAUAAAAUCAUAAGUUGA